CAUCAUCAGAGGGAGGAGUCGACUCGAGCUAGCUGCUUGCUGCAUGAGCAGCAGUGAGCGGCGCUGUGCACCACCCUGUCACUGAGCCAACAGGCGUAAAAAUGUCCGGCAAGAGUUUUCGAGUCAGCGAUGGGGACUGGAUAUGUCCUGAUAAAAAGUGUGGGAAUGUGAACUUUGCCAGAAGAACAAGUUGCAACAGAUGUGGCAGAGAGAAGACAACAGAGGCGAAGAUGAUGAAAGCAGGAGGAACAGAAAUAGGCAAAACCUUCGCAGAGAAGAGCCGAGGCCUUUUCAGUGCGAACGACUGGCAGUGCAAAACUUGCGGUAAUGUAAAUUGGGCUAGGCGAUCAGAAUGCAACAUGUGUAACACUCCUAAAUAUGCCAAGCUGGAAGAAAGAACAGGUUACGGUGGAGGYUUCAAUGAAAGGGAGAAUGUUGAAUAUAUUGAACGCGAGGAAUCAGAUGGUGAAUAUGAUGAGUUUGGUAGGAAAAAGAAAAAGUUUCGAGGGAAGAACAGCAGCACAAGUUCUUCAAAAGAAAGCGAAAAGAAAACUGUGUCAAAAGAAGACGAGGAGGAGGAGGAAGAAGAUGAGGAGGAUGAAGAUGGGGACUUGUCAAAAUACAAACUGGAUGACGACGAUGAGGAAGAGGACGAUGGUGAUCUGUCUAAAUACGACCUGAUUGCCAGCGACGACGAAGAAAAGCCAGCCAAGAAAAAGAGCAGUCAGUCCGGUUCCUCCCGCUCCUCCUCUCGCUCGUCCAGCUCCAGCUCUCGGUCCAGGUCCAGGUCCCGCUCUAGAAGUUCUUCCAGUUCCAGAUCUGGAUCUCGCUCAAGGUCUCGCUCCAGAUCCAGCUCCAGGUCCGGAAAGGGCUCCUCGCCCCGGAAGAGGUCCCCCUCCCCCUCCUCCUCACCCGAGAGGGGCCAGAAGCGCAGUCGCUCCCGGUCCUCAUCUGGAGGGAGAAAGCGGAGGCGCUCUAGAUCCCAUUCGUCCGAAAGGUUUGGGUUUCUGUGGAAUACCACAAUGGCACUGAUUAUUGCUAGCCAUCUGUUGGGUCACUGUUGGGAACUCUAAUGUUCGCAUUUUUUGCCACGGUGCAUCACUUUAACAUAGUGCCUGAGCUGUGUUCAUACACGACGUGCUGCUGUUUGAGCCAGCUGACCUUGUGGUUCUUCCCUCAAUGUUUGUGUGAUUUCAGGCGCCGAGGCCACUCGUCCGGAUCGUCUCACUCUGGCUCCAGUUCAAAAAAGAAAUAAGUUUCUUUCAGCCUUUAAACCGUAAAGGAGUUAUAGUGGAAGUGCAUGUUGAGGAAAACCAACCACAUCUCUACAGGCUGCUGCUCUUUGUCAGAAAGUCUACAAAAUUUUACUUCCCUCCAAAACCACACCACGAUUUCACCCUUUCAUCCCCAUCAUUCUACCUUUUUUUAAAUCAACCAUAGUGUUUGUAACGAUAAGUGUUUGGUAAAAACAAGUGUUUGGUCUUAAAAACAAAAGAAAAAAAAAUUGUAUUAGGGGGGAUUUCCCUUUUAAACUCACUUUUUUUUUUUUUUUUUCAAAUUAAAAUAAGUUCAUACGUGUCAAAGAUGGCUGACGUAAUAUUUUUGUUUUUUAAUUUUAUUUUCUUCAAGGUAAGUAUACAUUGUUUUAAUUGAAUGGCUGUAAGUUAAACAUUAAUGGAUUUAGAUUUAAGUGUACUUCUUUAACAUCGUGGCUUAUUUUGACUUUCAUCCUUCCUGUCUUUUGGAAACCAAACAGACGUAAACUUUUACUUUCAUAGCUUCAGUGUAACAAAAACAGCUAACAUUUGUGCCCAUGUGAAAUCAGUCUUUAUUGGUAAAACAACUAAAAAUGUACACAUGUAAAUAAACAGUUGUCAACCUUCA